AUGGCCGAGCAACAGGACAACGCGCAGUCAAUCAGCGCCGAUGAAAUUGCGCUCUACGACCGACAGAUCCGGCUGUGGGGAGUACAGGCACAGGAAAAAAUUCGAUCCGCAAACAUCUGCCUCAUUACCGUCAAAGCUCUCGCCAAUGAAGUGGCCAAGAAUCUCGUCUUAGCAGGUAUCGGCUCGCUCACCAUCAUCGACCACCAACAUGUCACGGAGGAAGACCUGGGCGCACAAUUCUUCGUCGCCGAAGCCCUGAGCGAGCAGGAGGUGAUUGGCAAGAACCGCGCGCAAGUCGCAGGACCCCAAAUCCACAAGAUGAACCCCCGCGUCAAGCUCCACAUCGACACCUCCGACGUGAAAACCAAAGAGUACGAAUUCUUCGCGCAAUUCGACAUCAUCAUCGCAACCGAACUAGACUUCAACACAAACACAAUCGUCAACGCUGCCUGCCGACUAGCCAACAGACCCUUCUACGCAGCCGGUCUCCACGGCUUCUACGGCUACGCCUUCGCAGAUCUCAUCCAACACGAAUUCGUGAUCGAACGUAGCAAAUCCAACAUGACAACCGCAACACAAGAAACACCUACUCGCACGGUCAUCAACAUAACCACCAAGGAAGAACAAAGCAAAACCAAAGAACCCAACAAGAUCAUCGAACUAGUCACCAACAAACACUUCCCCCUCCCAGAAGACUACACCCGACUCCCCCGCCGCCGAAAACAGGUAACCCCACUCCUAAGCUGCCUACGCGCGCUCUGGGAAUUCGAGAAACUCCUCGGUCGUCGACCGACAUUCACACACGAAGACCUAGAGCUAUUCACCAAGCUAUCGCGGGACCGACACCAGGAAUUGAAGUUGGAGCCGCUGACGCUGGACUCGGUGUUUUUGCGCACAUUCUUGCAGAACUUGGGCAGCGAGCUGAGUCCCGUUGCGGCGUUCUUGGGCGGUUCUGUGGCGCAGGAUGUCAUCAAUGUGCUUUCGGCUAGGGAGCAGCCGUUGCAGAAUAUGCUCUUGUUCGAUGGAGAGAAGAGUAUAGGCCCUAUUUAUCCGCUUCAUCCUUUCUUCCCUGAUCGGACCGAGUUGGCUGCUGUGCCGCCGGUUAGGAAUCCUGUUACGGUCCCUCUUACUGAGAUGGGUCAAUGA